GCUAUUGUUGUUUAUCAAAUUUAUUCCCCUACCCAAAAAGUUUACGUUUUAUAAAAAUUUGCUUCAACAAAACGGUUUUCAUGUGCAAGUGCAAUAAACAAUAAUUUUAUUUAAGAAAAAAACCCUAUUAUAAACAAACCAGUAGUUAAAAUUAUAUCUUGAAGUAUAUUUGUUGAUAAAGUUAAAAUUCUAUAUAGAAAAACAAUAAAAUGGCGGAAGAUGGUAAAAAUGUCCCCCUGACCGAUAACAGUUUGGUAGUGGAUAUUUCCGAUGCCCUUAGCGAAAAGGACAAAGUUAAAUUCACUGUCCACACCAGGACAACAAUGAAAAACUUCCAAAAAUCUGAGUUUCUUGUCGUGAGGCAACACGAGGAGUUUAUUUGGCUUCACGAUUGCUAUGAGGAGAAACCUAAAUAUGCUGGUUACAUUAUACCUCCACCUCCGCCCCGUCCGAAUUUCGAUGCAUCUAGAGAAAAACUCCAACGUUUAGGUGAAGGCGAAGGAACAAUGACAAAAGAAGAAUUCACAAAAAUGAAACAGGAAUUAGAAGCUGAAUACUUGGCAACCUUUAAAAAAACCGUAGCAAUGCAUGAAGUAUUCCUUACUCGCCUAGCUUGUCAUUCAAUUUUCCGUGAAGAUUACCAUCUUGGUGUGUUUCUUGAAUACGAUCAGGAUUUGUGCGCCCGUCCCAAAGGAAAACUUCAACAAUUCGGCGGUCUUAUGAGAUCUAUAGGCAGCACUACUGAUCAGUAUUAUUUGAACGCCACUGUUAGGGAUGUAAACGACUUUUUCGAGCAACAGAUGAAUUCUCUAACUGAAUAUCAUGCGCAGCUCAAAGAAGGCACCACAAGAGCAGACAAGAUGACUGAAAAACAUAAAGAACUAGCAGAUAGCUAUAUCAAAAUAUCUUCAGGCUUAUUAGAAUUGGCUAAUAACGAUAAUGGACAUUUGGAUAAGUAUUUUGCCAGGGUUUCGGAUAUUUUCGAGAAGUGCAGAAAAAUCGAGAGUAGAGUGGCCAGCGAUCAAGACCUCAAAUUAGCUGACACUUUACGGUACUACAUGCGCGAUUCUCAAGCUGCAAAGUCCUUACUCGUCAGAAGGCUGAAAUGUCUGGCCAAUUACGAGAAUGCCAACAGGACUUUGGAGAAGGCAAGGCAUAAAAAUAAAGAUGUCCAUGCGGCACCCGAAGUUCAAGAGGCUGAAUUAGCGCAAUCAGCGGCGUGCGAACAAUUCGAAGCCAUUUCUGCUCAAGCUAAAGAAGAACUGUUAGAUUUCAAGACUCGACGAUUACACGCUUUCCGUAAAAGCUUAAUUGAGUUGGCGGAAUUAGAAAUAAAACAUGCCCGGGCGCAACAGGAUCUGCUGAAAAAGUCCAUUCAGAGCCUAAAAGAGCUAAUCUAAGUGAGAAUGUGAUAUCAAAUCCAUUAAAAUGUUUUUUUUUUACAUAUUCUAUGUAUAAUCUAUAUUGGAAGUAAUAUUUUUGUUAUAUUUAUAUUAUAGUUUUUUUAGAAUUAAGAUUAUACAUUCCUUAGAGGGUUUUUUUUUAUAUAGUUUACUGGAAUACCUACAAUCGAAAGUAUGUAUACGUAAGUGAAUGAUUGCAACAGAUUUUGUAGAUUUUCAGAUACAGUAAAAUAAAUCUCUCUUGGCCUUUGAAAUUGUCAAAUUCUAUCAGUUUAGUACCAGUGACUUUGAGCAAAGUCCAGAAGAUUAUGCAGUAAGGGGAAAUAUAAGGCAACUUUUCAUGGUCCGUUUAAGGGAGAAUCUACUCGAGAGAAGUUUUGUAUCAAAGAGUUAUAUACCUACUGUGAAAAUGUGAGAAAGGUCUUCUAUGUAUUAGGAAGAGCACUAUUUUUAUCAAAAAAAUAAUUUGCCUCAAGUUUCAUGAAUUUUAUAAGGAUCACAAAAUAAUAAUUAGACAUUACAUUGAACUGGCAGCUCCUAGCUCAAAAGGCUCCAUCCUUGAAAUUUUCUUUCAAAUAUCCUUAACCAUAAUAUGGUUACCAGUCCAAAAACACGUAAAAUGCAUGAAAUUUUGUACACUUUUUGCAAAUCUACUUUCUCAUCAUUAUUUGCCUGUAAAUUCUAUACAUUAUUGUUUCAAACACAUUCAACUAGAAAUGUUUAAUUUUAAAUAGUUUUGGUUCAAAGAACAUUACAUACAUUAAAGUUUAGGAAACGACCUUCAUUAUUUAGGUCCAAAAAACAAAUUGUUGUAUUGUACAAGUUUCCCUAUUUACAUUUAAGUUCAUUUACUUCUAAAUGCAAUGGGAAAACUUGUAUAUUUAAGAUAAAUAUGUACGAUCUAUAAUGUUGUUUAUAAAAAAAUAAAAAAAAAAGCGAUUUUUUCUAGUAUUAAUUUAGUUUUAUUUAACACCUAUUAAUAUUAUUCUCAGCUUAUAUCUAUGACUUCUUUUUUUUCAAAGAUGGCUUCUCAAACACUUGCUUAACACCUCCAGCUUGUGUAGAAUGAAACUUAGUAUUCUGUUGAUUUUCAUUGGUCCAUGGCGAGUCGAAUUGUGUCGUGUCUUGAUCAACCAAAUGGGUAUAUUUAGUACGUCCAGAUCUGCCAAAGUUUUUGACUUGCAUAACUUUGGGUAAAAUUGUUUUAUCAAAGUGAUCUUCCAGAGUGGCUUGUGCAAAGUCCCUUUUGAAAACGUCUUCCUCUCGGUCCAAAUAGAAAGCACCACGAUGAUAGUACUUUUGUAAAAACUUGUAUUUGCCUUUGGCAGCUUUGUUGGUGACUGUUUUUGGGUUUAGUCUCAGUGCCAGGCGACGUUCUUCUUCAGUCAUUGUACGUAAUUUUUCAAUUUCCAUCUUUUCUCUUUCGAUGGCUUCUCUUUCUUCUCGGUCACGUUUUAUCCUUUUCAAUUCUCUGAGUUUCCAGGCUUCAUAUUCAACUUCAUCAUUUUCAUCAUCAGUGCAAACAUCAUUCAAGUUUGGUUCGUUUGUAUCUUUGUCUUUUUCUUCUUUUUUGUUUCUUAUCAAAUCUUCAACUAUACGUAAUGUUUGUCGCCUCCUUUCUUCAGCUUUUCUUAUCUCUUCUUCUUCAAGCCUUUUUUGUUUUAUAGUUUCCUUUUCCUUCUCAAUUAUAGUGACUCGAUCCUUCUUCCUUACAAACACAGGUUUCAAUCUAGGACCAGUUUCUUCUUCAGAAUCCGUAUAUUCUUCAGAUUCCUCUUCUUCAGAUGAACUAAGUUCCUCUUCUUUUUUGAUUAGUUCUUCUUGAUGAUGGACCUUUGAUAUUUUGUUUUUCAAUGCAUCUCUCCUCCUUUCAAUUUCGCCGUCGCUGAGCUCCUCUUCUGAAGCUUCAUCGUCUGGAUUAGCUUCUAAAGUAUGCUUUUGAUCAGCUGCAAUGCUUUGUUCGUAUUCCUCAUCAUCUUCAUCAGAUGAAGACUCCAAAACUUCAGCUUCAAACACAUGCCUACGUCUUUCUGGGCGUACUUCAGUGUUCAGCUCGACAUUUCUCAAUCGCUUCAAUCUAGGAUCUACAACAACGAUUAUAUUUUUUGUGUUAGUUGAUCUAGGUCGGGUAACUUACCAUUUAAUUCAUCGUCGCUGUUCAGGACGGGUUCCGGUGUAGGCUCUCUAAAUAAAUGCUGUUUCCUUUCCAGAAAGUCAUCUUCGUCGCUGUCGCUUUCAGAUGGUAAAUCUUGAGCGUAGUCUGGCCUUUUUCCCGACACAUAUCUGUGCACUUUCACUUUUUGCAUAGACAGUUCGCCCUUUUCAUUUCUCACCGGGACUGCACCCGCGGUACUCUGAAUACCGUAAUUUAGAGGCGGAUUUAACGCCAUAAUGAAUUAUAGAAUUAUUAAUAUAUUGAUUAAAAAUUACUUUUUUAUCAACCACAGAAAAAAUAAACAAAUACUCAAAUACUUUGUCGAAUUGACACUCUUGACGUUGACUUGAC